UCCAAUAUUUUCUUUGUUCAACAGUUCUGUUUUCUAGUAAGAAAAAUGGGAUCCAAGGCUUUUCCUUUGCUAGGUCUUUUGUUGGCAGUCAUUGUUCUUCUCAUCAUCUCUUCGGAGGUGGCAGCGAAGGACCUGGCUCAGACUUCCUUCUACCCGAAAAAUGUGGAGGCCACCAAAGAGUCCAAUGAUGGAGAUGAUGCACGAGACUAUGAAUUUGACUACCACAGUGGACUUGGCGGAAAACAUUCCUGCGAGAAUGGUUGUUGUAAUUAUAACUAUGAAAGUGGCGGGCGCUGCCGUAGAUGCUGCCCUUAAUCUGGUGAACCUAUUGAUCGAUGCAGAAACCGAAGCUAAGCCUCAAAACUUAUUAAAGCAACAUAUUCAUCUAAAUUAUGGUGCUUAAUUAAUUCGGUACGGUUGUAAUGUUAUAAAUAAGUGCUAAAUACAUAACUGGUGUCGGUGGUUUUAGUGUUUAUCAGAAUAGUCUCCUCAACUUUCUGACAGUGUAAAAUUAAUCCUUCUCUCUACUUUUGUUAGUGGGUGGUUUGCCACAUGUAAAAAAAUCCAAUUAGUUCAAUCACAUGGCGUUACGUACA